UCCAGGCAGAAGAAGCGUCUAUUUUUACCAGAAUAAUGUAUGCCAAGGCUCUUCUAGUAUGCCUCUUCGCUGUGGCUCUGGCCCAGGAGGAAUAUCCCCCUCAGCCAUACGCCUUCAACUUCGACAGCACCGAUGAGUUCGGGACGCGACAGUUCCAUUCCGAGUCCAGCGAUGAAGGCAACAGGAAGACUGGCUCGUACGGCUACCUCGAUGCCAACGGUGUCCAGCGUACCGUAAACUACGUCGCUGACGAAAACGGCUUCCGUGCUUCCGUCGACACCAACGAGCCAGGAACAAAGGCCGAGAGCCCAGCUGAUGUUGAGCUCAACGCCAACCCACUGCCCAACCCAGUCCCAGUUGCCAAGGCAGUUGUUGCCAAGCCUGUUGCCGUUGCGGCCAGGCCUGUUCAUCCAGUAGCCCACGUUGUUGCCGCUCAACCACUUGUUCACACCACCCAUGUCGUUGCCGCCCGGCCAGUUGUCCAUGCUGCCCACGUUGUUGCUGCUCAUCCAGCUGUCCAGGCCGUCCACGCUCCCGUAGCCCUGCACAGCGGCUUACCGGUCUCUGUGGCUCAUGUAGCUUCUCCAACCGUUGCUUUCCAACAUGCCCCAGUGGCUUACUCUCUAAGCAGGGUGUCCAGAAGAUUUGCAUCACCAGCCGAGCGGACUAUAAAAAGGCGCCAGACCAAUCUAUCUCACAGCAGAUCUCUCGAAGGACUGGUCCAGGUUGAAGUGGCAUCUUUUAUUCUCGGCGUCAUAAUGUUCUCUAAGGUUCUUCUCGUUUGCCUCUUCGCUGUCGCUGCGGCUCAGGUGGAAGGUCCUCCUCAGCCAUACGCUUUCAACUACGACAGCACAGACGAGUUCGGCACCCGGCUUUUCCAUAGCGAGUCCGGUGAUGAGGGCAACAGGAAGACUGGCUCGUACGGCUACCUCGAUGCUAACGGCGUCCAACGUACCGUCAACUACGUCGCUGACGAAAACGGUUUCCGUGCCACCGUCGACACCAACGAGCCAGGAACCAAGGCCGAGAACCCAGCUGAUGUCCAGUUCAACGCAAACCCACUGCCGAACCCAGAGCCAGCUAAGGCUGUCGCUGCUGUCGCCAGACCAGUAGCCCAUGUAGUUGCUGCUCAACCGGUUGUUCAUGCUGCCCAUGUCGUCGCUGCCCAGCCAGUUGUCCACGCUGUUCACGCUGUCCACGCACCCGUGGCUGUGCACGGAGCUGUGCCAGUUUCUCUGGGUCAUGUAGCUGCUCCAACAUAUGCAUUCCAUCAUGCUCCACUGACUUACACCUUCGGCAGGGCUUCCAGCCGCUAGGCCUCCUAGUUUAAUGUCUUUCCGUUUAUGUUUGCCUUUCCUUCUGCAGAUGAGUCUUCAAUGGAUUCUCUGUGACAUGUGACGAGCUUUUUGCGGAUUGUUUCAUCAAGACGAUAUGAGCGUCCAUACGUUUCUGCUGUUCCUCUCAGUGUUGUCUGUACAAAUGUGUGGCGAAAUAAAAUGUUUAUGUUAUGUUAU